AUGAUUCUAUCAUUCACAAUUUUUCAUAUCAUUGUUUUAAUAUUAUCUCCUCGAUUAGCCUCGGCACAUGGAGAUGUAAACAUAGCACAAUAUGGUUGUAAUUCAACAUGUGGAACAGUUUCAGUGCCUUUCCCAUUCGGAAUGAAUGAACCUCAUUGCUAUGCACACAAAUGGUUUGAAAUAGAAUGCAAAUUUGACAACAAUACUUCUUCUGAUGUUCCUAAACCUUACUUGAAGUCGUUAAAUCUUGAAGUAAUCCAUUUUUACCCGUACUCGAGCAAAGUUGAGAUUAUGAACCCAAUUUACCGUUCAAAUUGUCAAAAAAACAAAAUUAGCAUCAACAAUAGAAAAACCGUUAAUCUUAGAGACAGUCCUUACAUAUUUUCACAGGCUGAAAACACGUUUCUAGCUGUGGGAUGUAACAAUCUUGCUUUUCUUCAGUCUAAUGGGACAACCGUUGGUGGUUGUGUAUCAAUUUGUGACGACGACAACAACAACGGUAACAAUUACAAUUUCACUAGUGACGGUUGUAAUGGAAGGUAUUGUUGUGAAACCUCAUUGCCUUCACAUCUUUCAGAGUUUAACGCAACACUAAGAGGUUUAAGGGAACAGAGUAGUGAUGGUUGUGGUUAUGCUUUGAUUGUAAGGCAUUAUUUGGUAAGAUUCGAUAUAUUGAAUGAGUUGAAGAAUAGGGAACAUGCUCCUGCAGUGCUAGAGUGGGAGAUUUUGAAUGAUAUGUUAAUUAAUUCCACAUUUCAACUACCUCCAAAUUGUUACAACUCCAAGGUUACUUCUUUAAGUAACAGAACCACCGGUCAGCAAUGUCGAUGCUCGUCCGGGUUUUACUCUGACUAUCUCUACGAAAUCUAUGGAAAUCCAUACCUUGGAGGCUGCCCAGUUCCAGAGCAAGACUUUUAUAGGAAUAAUCGAUGGAAGAAGUGGGUUAUUGUAGGAAUUUCAUCAAGUCUCGGAUCCAUCGGUUUUCUCAUUGGUUUAUGGUUUUUGUACAAAGCUAUGAAACGAAGAAUGAUUAAGAAACGCAGAGAAAAAUUCUUCAAAAGAAACGGUGGUCUGCUGUUACAAAAAAGGAUGUCUGCAGGAGAAGUAAAUGUUGAUAGAACUAUUCUCUUCACCUUGAAGGAUUUAAAGAAAGCCACUGAUAAUUUCAAUAAGGAUAGAAUUCUUGGAAAGGGAGGCCAAGGUACAGUUUACAAAGGCAUGCUGGUGGAUGGUAAAAUUGUUGCUGUGAAAAAGUUUAAGGUUGAAGGAAAGGUUGAAGAGUUCAUCAAUGAGUUUGUGAUUCUUUCACAAAUCAACAAUAGAAAUGUUGUGAGACUAUUGGGAUGUUGUUUGGAGACAGAAAUUCCUUUGCUUGUUUAUGAAUUCAUUCCCAAUGGUAACCUUUUUGAGUAUCUGCAUGACCAAAAUGAGGACAUACCAAUGACAUGGGACAUGCGUUUGAGAAUUGCCUGUGAAGUUGCUGGUGCUAUAUUUUAUUUGCACUCAGUUGCAUCUCAGCCAAUUUAUCAUAGAGAUGUCAAAUCAACAAAUAUACUAUUGGAUGAAAAGUAUAGGGCAAAAUUAGCAGAUUUUGGAGCAUCAAGAAUAAUUUCAAUUGAAGCUACUCAUCUUACCACAAUGGUCCAAGGUACUUUUGGAUACUUAGACCCUGAAUAUUUUUACACUAGUCAAUUCACAGAGAAAAGUGAUGUUUACAGCUUUGGAGUAGUCCUUGCUGAACUUUUAACUGGUAAGAAGCCAAUAUCUUCUGUAACAAGAUCUGAGGAUUCAAAAAAUUUAGCUUCCUAUUUUGUUCAGUGUAUAGAGGAGAAUAUAUUGUUUGACAUUAUUGACAAAAGGGUCAUAGAAGGAGGAGAGAAAGAACAUAUCAUUUCAGUUGCAAAUCUUGCAUAUAGAUGCUUAGAAAUAAAUGGAAGAAAACGACCAACCAUGAAAGAAGUCACAUUAGAAUUGGAAGGGAUUAGGGGAUUCAAUAAGAAGCUUAAUGCACAACAAAAUAACGAGGAAAUUGAGUUUUCUGGAAUCGAACAGUACCAACCUUGGGAUGGGUUUUCUGCAUCAAAUUCAUUAUCAAUUAUCAGCAGCCAAACACACUCCACAGACUAG